AUGGCGGUCGUCAGAAAGGAUGAGGCUGAUGUCGGAAUUGCGACAACCACAAGCAUAGUCGGAACUUCCGACAAAAAACUCAAUGGCCCAAAUGUGGCAGCUGCAACCCCCAAAUUAUAUAGAGAUGGCGUCGGAUGUAGCGCAUGCUAUCAGAUAAGGUGUUUGGAUCCGGAUCUGUGUAGCAAGACAUGGCAAAAGAUAGUGGUCACAGACAUCACGACAAACAACCAAACGGAUUUUAUGGUUCCAAAGCAUACGUUUGCAACCUUGGCCCUCCCACACAAGGGCGCUGCUCUUCGAAGAAAAGGGAUUGUCGACAUCGAAUAUGAAAGGAUCGUCUGCGUAUAUGAAGGACAUAAUCUGACUGUAAAGGUUGAUGAGAGCAGUCGUUAUCCCAACUAUCUGGCUGUGGAAUUUCUGUAUCAAGGAGGACAGACUGAUAUUGUUAACAUAGAUGUUGCGCAGGUUGGGCAUUUUGAGUGGAAGUACUUGACACGCAAAGAUGGAUCAGCAGUGUGGAGCAUAAGCAACCCUCCAAGUGGAGAUCUACAGUUCAGAUUCGUUGUAACUUCAGGGUUUGACGGAUAUAUGUUGUGGUCCGAAAAAGAUGUGCUCCCUCCACACUGGAAAGCAGCUGAAAAAAGAUUAUUUGACACUAGACUUCAGAUCAACCAAAUUGCUCUGGACGUUAGCGGAUGGCAUGCAGGGACGACAGUUAUUGUAACCAUCGGGGGGGUAGUGGUACCCUCCACUACCCCUGUGGUCACUGUCAUAGCUGUGGCCGCAGGGGGAAUGGAGGGGCCCGCGGUGUCCCCUCAACCCUGUGGGCCUGCGCAUGUUGAUGAGAGCAAUCGUUAUCCCGACUAUCUGGCUGUGGAAUUUCUAUAUCAAGGAGGCCAGACAUAUAUUGUUAAUGCUAGAAAUUUUGAGUGGAAGUACUUGACGCGCGAUCAUGGAGCAACAGUGUGGAGCAUAAGCAAUCCCCUAAGCAGAGGUCUACAGUUUAGAUUCGUUAUAAGUUCAGGGUAUGGUUCAAGUGCUCAUUCCAAAUCUGACAGCCCCCAUAUCCCCGCGAUGGGCGUUGCAAGGAAGUUACGGACUGCGGCAUCACGAGAUGAUGUCACGUGCCCUGAGCUGGCCGUGAAAGACUUAUGGUGGGGCCACUGA